AUGGAUCGCAGUCUCGGACCGUAUCGGUUCGGCUACCCCGACGAUGGACUCGCCAGGUACACUUUAGGUGAUGUGUUGGAGCAGUAUCUUUCGUGCGAUGAGUAUUUCUGGUGGCAAAAUUUGCGCGUCGGAAAGAAGGUUUUCAAAUUCCAGGCCUUUCUGCAUACCCGGGAGGAAGAACAGAUGAAGAUCUGGAAAUCUUUCCGGCAAAUGAGAACAGUAAACAGGCCAAUGGAAGCUGCCAUUGACAUUCAAAGGCCACGUCUGGGACAGUUUCUGUUGACUUGGAUGAAAGAGUCAGAACUUCGCCAGGCGAAGAAUAUUCUCGAGGAACAAUGCGAUAGGAGAUAUGAAAACGCCAUCAAAGCUAUAGACACCGAGCUCGUCAACAAGGAGGGGGAAGACGGUGUAAAGCAUGGUUCCUCAUGGAUUCGCCGGGUAAAAUGUGAUGAGCAAAAGCCUAGUUGCCUCCGAUGCACCAGCACCGGCCGCCACUGCGACGGAUAUCCGUCCGACCACAUACCUCUGGUGCAGAAGCGGGUUUGGAGGCCAGCCUCGAUCGACUCAUAUUGCAUCCCAUUCAAAGUGCCUGGUAGCCAGGCCGAUAGGCAGCUGUUACACUAUUACUGCUGCCAGGCUGCGGAGAGCUUAUCGAGUUAUACCGAUCCGACCCUGUGGACCACUUUAAUCCUGCAAAGAAGCCAUCACGAGCCCGUCAUCCGUAAUGCACUGGUGACCUUGAGUUCUCUUUACCAAGAUCACCUAUCUGGGGAGCUAUCUUGCUACAACAAUGACAACCUUCCACCUCUGAGCAUUUUACAGCGCAUCGCCAAGUGUCAUCGACAGCUGAGGAUAUAUCUUUCCUCCCCCGGUGCCUUGCCGGAAGUCGCGCUUACCUGCAGCGUUCUGUUUUAUGCCUUUGAGGCUCUCAUCGGCAAUACCCAGCAAGCAAUAAAGCAUCUCGACCUUAGCCUGACGCUCUUACAACGAUGCCAGAAGAACCCCUCUUCAUCGACGUCCAAGCCCGAUGAUAUCGUUCCCCAUCUGGCAGCUUUGCUCUCAUGUCUGGACGUGCAAGCCAGCAUUUACGAUAAACAACGGGGACUUCCUAGACUCGUCUUGACAUCCCCCAGCGAAUUAUAUGGCACGCACAGCGUUGUACCCGAGGUUUUUAUCGACGUUGCGCAGGCCGAGGCUGUGAUUCUAAAGCUUCAGAAUUGGAUAGCCAGACAUCUCGCAUCUAAUGCCCGAGUCAAGCAUAAACCGUUAGCAGAUAUACCUCCAGACGUACUACAUGAGAGAAGGGUUCUAGAAGGGCAGCUUCAACGAUACCUGACUGCGGUAGAUAAGCUAUAUCAGGGUAGCGAAGAAAAAGUCGCUAAGCGUAUACUGCUGUUGCGUAUACAAGCACGAAUGUACUACGGCGUGAUCAACUAUCGUUUCCCUUUGCCAUGCUCUGGACAGUCCAGUAUCAUCCAUCCAUUAUCGCCGUUAACCGUUCGGUGCCCUCCAGCUCCCGAUGAUUGGAUUGAUACUGCACUUUCGGAGAUAUCAGUUCUUCUUGAUACCUCCCCCCAAUAUACUGCUUGCACAAGUCGGCCCUUUACAUUAUCGACCCAGCUUGUUGGGGGCCUGCUACAUGCCUGUCUCAGGACGACUAGUCAGAACACAUUGAAGACUGCGCUGUCCCUCUUGCAACACCCCAACCUCCCAAGCCGAGACGGGCUGUGGGAUGCUAAAGCGACUGAAUCUGCCAUUCGCAGCCUCCUGGCACAGUUCAGCGCUGAGCAUGAUGCAGACGACAGACUUUUGUCUAUCGUGAUUUUAGAUGAAUCGGGUUAA